AUGAAAGAUAACCGUCGCAUCUGGAGCGAGGUCUUGAAGGCGUUGAACGCUAUGGAAAAGGAUAACGGAGUUGAGGUCUUGGUUCCGUUCAUGAGAUCCAACGGAUCCAGCAUUGAGGUUAUGAAGAAUGAGGGAAUUGAUCCAGAAAGUUUUACUGAAAUCUGGUUGAAAAAAAUGCUGGAGCAAAUUACUAUCAGUGCCACGUCAUCUGAUAAAUGA